AUGUCCAGAAGUGUUCCGUGGCGGAAUACUUGCCCUGAGGCAGUAACCGACAUACUGAAUCAAUUACCUUCUUGCCAGCUUCUACUAGUCAAGCGAGUUGGGCCGACGAGUUUCCUUUUGAGCAAGCGAGACGGGCUGGUCAAGUACAGGACGUCUAUCGGUGACCCCCAUAGCUGUUCAUGUGACGCCUCGCGGGAGCAGUGCAUACAUGUCGUUUUCGUUUUGUGUAAAGUGUUUUUCUUACCGCGGGAGAAUCCUUUAGUAUGGCAGCGCUCGCUUGUUGCAGCAGAAAUAGACGAAAUCCUUAGGUCCGAAAACCGGCUUCGGAAUGCCUGGAAGAAUGUUGACGACACCCGCAGGGACGUUGCAGUUCCAAGGCCUAUUGAAGAAGGUGAUGUGUGCCCAAUCUGUUUUGAAGAGUUUGGGAACGAUACCUCUCUUGAUUACUGUGGAGGAGGUUGCGGGAAAUAUAUACAUACUCGUUGCUUCAAACAAUAUAAACGGCACAAUCUUGUAGGUCCCUUACGCUGCCCUUAUUGCCGGAGCCUUUGGACUAAUACGGUGGGUGCUACUAGCAAGAGGUGCAGUGGUUGCAAAAAAUAUGCGAAUGGUUCCUGCUACAAGUGCUUAUUUUGUCAAGAGUACUUUCUUUGUUCAGACUGUUUCCACCGUCGAGAAACUCAUUCGCAUCAUCCGUUUUCUUUGGUCGGGACGAGAGAAGUGGCCGAAAGACACGAAGGGAACAGUGCUUUACCCAUGCCGGUGUCCAGUGAACCCACCGUUAGCAUUCCUGAGGAGCUACAUCCUCUCAUGUAUAGAGAAAUAGACCCCGAAGACUACGAAACACUUCUUCGUCUGGACGAUCAAAAUAGUAAAAGGAAACUGACAGCAGAGGAGUUUUCAGUGCUUCACAGCGAGUGUUGGAGUUCUGGAUUACUUACCGACGAGUGUAACAUAUGCUUAGAUACAUUUGAUGUCACCAGUGGUUGCGUGUGGUUGCCAUGCGGUCAUUUUUUCCAUACAUCGUGCGCUCAGAGAUGGCUUACUGAGCACGUAGCAGAAUGUCCCAUCGAUCACAUCCCGGUUGUGGUGGACAGAGCCGAUGUUCAGUCAUUAACAGUGAAUUCUUCAUCUUCUGCUGCAGUUGCACCUCACAUUCUUCGUCCCUCCAGACCUCGGGCUCGUGUGUUGCCGAGACGUCGACUCAACGUUCCGUAUAGUUCAGCAACUGUUGGAGUCGAACCUCCAGCUCGGAGAAAUGCCGAGAGACAAAGGGGUUCUGAUGUAUCACUUCCUUUUCUGGAGCUCCAAGCAGUGUCACUAGGUGUCGGACGACGUAGAGGGCGGUACAACGAACAAUUCUUUUAUGGUACUGUCUGA